AUGGCCGGCACUGAGUCUAGACAACCCAGACAGUUGCUUUCAGUCCAGCAACCUCCAGAAGGACAGACUCAAGAGCGUCGAGAGCAUCGCUCACGGUCGCGAGAAGCUGCAAGUCCUUCCGGUGCUGAACAAGAGGUGAACACUUCACAGAAACAAGAAACCACGCUUUGGGAUUCCAUCUCGCCUGAAGAGAACCUCCGGACGUUCGGCCUUGAGAUUCCUGACGGCAAGUCUUUGCGUGAAUGCCGUGAAAUUCUGCAUAGAGCAUAUUUGGAACGGAUGAAACGCUAUGACCUUCUGGUGGCUCAGCAACAGCGUGAAGUAUUGAGAGCAGCCACCAAGAAAGCUACAGUGAUUUACACUCGGACCGUUGAUCGUGCCGCCUCCUUUUUGAACACCAAAAAAGACUUAGAAGAAAGGUCGCAGCUUAAGAAAGAGAAGCUAUUGAGUGCUUUGACCAAGAAAGCCCCAGCUGACUUUCUGAAUGAUGCGAUAGACAAGCGCAUCGCUAUGGCACAGAAACCGAAGCGUGGUGAGAUUUCCAGAGCUUCGCAACCAGCAGUAGAGUCGGCAGCCGCUUUUGUUUCCACCACUUCCAGUGUGACUAUGUCCAAGGAUGAUUUUGCACCUUUUGUUUCUGAAGCUCCAGCGGAUGACAAGCGUGCAGCGAAGAAAUUUCCUGGACUGGGCAAAGGGAAAGGGAAAGGUCUCUCACUUCCAAUUUGCACCUUGUGGCCGCGCAUGGGCUUGAAGUACCCACGAACUGGUCCUUUCGCUGCAGUGUACGCUGACAAGGAUGGUGGCUUUGCUUUGGAGAAUGCCGUACUGAGCCAGAUAGACAUGCCACAGAACGACGAACUUGUUGUUCAACCUGACAGCUUGCUGCACGAUAUGGCCUUGGCAGAACUUUGUGGUGAGUUCUCUGUGCCAGUUCAAGGUUUGCGAAAAGACCAGCUGAUCGACAUCUUGUUUGAAAUCGACAAUGCUGCAACCUUUGGCGCAGAGUGCAAGUCAUCGCCAUUGGGAUUUGAAGACCUCUUGGCAGUUUGCGUGAAAGCUCGUGUGAGAUACUUUCGACAAAAGAAAGCUCUGUCCUCGGAUCAGUUUCCAAGUUUUGAAGGUCUGUGGCAUGAUUUGACCUUUUUGAAUUCUUCAAGUUCCCCAAAGACUAGCCAAGGCUUGCAGUAG